GCUCUUCAACGACGCUGCCCUGGAGACCACGAACACUCCUGGAUCCUGGGAAGCAAGAAAGUAUCCCAAGCCGCCGGCAUUUACCCCAACGGUCUGGUCCAUGCCAUUCUUCGUGCUUACGCUAAGUCCAUCCACCGGAACACGGAAGAGAUCCAUUGGGUUGACUCCAAGGAGGUGAUCCAGGUGGAUGCGCAGAAGGACCGGAACUACUUCGGGACGGACUUCCUCGACCACUACGGCACGGACAGCUUCGACGUUGAUUACGUGACAAAGCUCCCAGAGUCACUUGAAGUAUAUGCAGGCGAAGACGCACGUCCUGGCGAAGCAGCCCGAGUACCUCAACGUGACGGUUCUCCCGAAGCACACGGCAUCGACGCAAGUGUUGUCGAUGAGCUCGGAUGGCACGAGAUAGCAGGCAUUGGAUGGGCAAACGUGAUCGAGACCAACGGCGAGCUGGAACGGCCAGGAGACGAGCACGAAGCACGACGACUUCCGUGGAGGACCUCAUGGAUACGGCGAGGCGACCGGUGGCAACUGCUCGAGGACGAGGUGAACUGGCGAAAUCUACAUCAACAACCUUCUCUGGAACGUGGUCUUCGAUGUGUUUGCCUUUACAGAGCCCGUCUGGACCUUCGAGCUGACCGUCAAUUUCGGCACUUUCCCGGAAUGGCAAAGGUGACACUUCAACAAAUGCUACGACGAGCACACGAAGGACUAGGUCACCCGGAGCAAAACAGGUUCCUUCGAAUUCUUCAGAACUCCAAGGUGUCCGACGAAGUGCUGGAGGAAGCGAAGAAAUUUCGAUGCUCGACAUGCGAAGCAUAUCGCCUCCCCGCUGCAGCACGAAGAGGAGCUCCUCCGAAGGAAGAGCUGUUCAUCAAUGAGCAUGUUGGAGUGGAUACGGUGCACCUGAGGAACCACCGCAACGAGGCUGUGCCAUCCCUGAACGUCAUAGAUUUCCACACACAUCUUCAAUUGGUUAUUCCUAUGGCCUCCGAAUCUUCUUCCGAGAUUCGUAAAGCCUAUAGACAGUGGAUUCGCUAUUUUGGGGUUCCGAAGAAGGUUCUGUUUGACCUCGGCACAGAAUUCCGGGCUGAGUUUCGGAAGCAGGUGCAAAAUGACGGCAGCGAGGGGCUCAUCAGUUCACUCGAGACGCCGACUCAACGAGGCCUCACCGAACGAGCCGGUGGAGUGUUCAAGAAUAUCCUCUACCGAUCUAUGAUGGACUACAAGUGCUCGACCCAGGAAGAGUGGCUCGAGUUGGUGGACGUGGCCAUCAUGACUCGCAAUCGACUCCUUCUUCGUGCAGGCUACUCUCCAAUUCAACGAGUCAUUGGCUACAGUCCGAGGCUCCCUGGAGGUCUCCUAUCUGGAGGUGAAGCUGACCAUAUGGUGGCUGGGUUGAUCGCUGUCGGGGACGUGGACAUGCUCCGAGCUGCCAAGAUGAGGAAAGCCGCGGCCAUAGCAUUCCACGAGGCUGAUUGUGACCAAGCACUCCAAUCGGCGACUCUGUCCGGAACCAGGAAGCUCUCCGACUUCGAAGCUGGGCAAGCAGUCUUCUUCUUUCGAAGAG